CGUCCUGGUUAUCCAAGGAAGGUUGAGUUGGUGGGAAAAUUUGCGAGUGCAGGAAGCGCAACAAGUCCUAUUUCUUCUAUGAACCAUCCAACUUGUAAACAAGAAAAAGAUGUAUAUACACUCAAUGUUCAUGCUACAAGAUUCCACAAUAAAUGCCUACCGGCCGGGUCACAUUAUUCUGAUAGCUAUGAGCCAACCAGCCAAUUUUUGUGUUUGUCACAGGGAUUUGGAAACUUUCAUUAGAGAGCUUUUUGAAAGAGGCAUUCCACAGGAGGCUCUCUUUAUCUAUUGUUACGGGCUGGAUACUUCAACUGCAAAAACACUUAGCUACGAAACCAUUGUUUUGGCAGCCGAUUUACGGAAUGCAAUUUUGGCCAACUUACCACGAUAUGGGAUUAGACCUGCAAUUUCUGGCUAUCUCUAUGCUUGCAAUAAAGCUGAAAACCAGCGUUUUAAUACACCAGAGAGAGGACGUUACACAUACGAAGAAAAGGACACAACAACAACAUCUCAGUGUUUGAUACAGAACAACAUGAAUUUAGCUUCUUCACAGUUAAGGUGUCAAUUCCCAAAUUGCAAACAAAAAAUUUGAUGUCAAUUUGCCGUCAGCUGUGGUAAAUGCUGUGGAUGGUUCCAUGGAAAUUGCAUUCAAUUUUCCAAGAAAAUGUCCUUAAUUGUUGAUGAAAAUAACAAGGAAUGGAUCUGCGCAAUGUGUGUAGGAAUGUCUUUGUAAUUCAAUUUCAUCUGCUUUCCACUUCAAACUUUUGUUGUCCCAUUUCAUGUCCUUUGUUACUGAUUUUUCAGAGGAAGGAAUGAUCAUGUCUCAUAGUCUUUCGGUGUCUGUCACAUCGUUUUGGA